AUGGCAAAAAUUGAAAAAGACUUUAUAAAAUUGACAUCUGACUCAUUAAUCCUUCAAAAUAUUGUCGACUUAGUCAAAGAUAACCAAGCUGGAGCCAUCUCAACAUUUUGUGGUACAACUCUAAUUCAUUUAGAGUAUGAAUCUUAUAUUCCGAUGGCUGAAAAAGAGAUUUCAUCUAUAAUUGACGAAGUUAGGACAAAAUGGCAACUUAUAAAAGUAGCAGUUUAUCAUCGAUUAGGUACAGUUCCAGUUGGAGAAACCAGUGUAAUAAUUGCGGUUUCGAGUGCUCACCGUAAUGAAUCUCUUAAAGCUGUUGAAUGGUUAAUUGAUUCAUUAAAAGAGAAAGUACCAAUUUGGAAAAAAGAAAUUUAUAAUGAUGGAAGUAGUUGGAAGGAGAAUACGAAGAGUAAAUGUUGUCAAAAAAAGAAUACUUUUGAUUGA